GUCUCUGUAAGGCCUGAAACUGGACUAGGAAGUACAGUACUAUGGGACGUGGCUACGGAUCUUGACCCAAAAUGGCCGCUGUGUGUUUUAAUCCUUGCAGUCGCCUCAAAGGAAACAACUCAUCGAUGGGCCUCUGUAUCACUGACAGAACACACUAAGGAUCAGCCUCAUCACACUAAGGAUUGAUUCUCUCAAGGUUAUCCUCCUUAGUCGGAAUACAGAUGUUUCUUCUCCAUUAUCUGCAGCUCAGACUUGGAAUUAAAUGGUCUCCCAUACUUCAGUGAUUUCAAUAUCAGAUCUUUAUCACAGUCUAAAGGAUAUUGCGUCACCUUCCUGACUAGAGCAGGUGGUAUAUACAUUGAAUAGCCUAUAUUCGUCAUUGAACUGAAAACACCUCUGAUGCUAUUCCGAAUCUAAAGGACUUCUCCCUCUAACCUCUAACCUCAACUGGCAUACCCCUAUAGCUCUACAUAGUGUUUUUCUACAAUGAAUACCUUUAGUCUCCCUCAGUGUGUCCUUCUGCUUCUCAGUACUCUACUGGGCCUGUGUCAGGGCCUGGAGUUCAGGGGUUCUGAGGGCCAGUGGGCACGGUACCUCCGCUGGGAUGCCAGUACCAGAAGUGACCUCACAUUCCAGUUCCAAACAGACACGUCCGACGCCCUGAUCCUCUACUUCGACGACGGCGGCUACUGUGACUUCCUGCUUCUCACCAUAACGGAAGGGAAGCUACAGCUUCGCUUCAGCAUUGAUUGCGCUGAGACCACAGUCACCGCUGACAAAUCGGUCAACGACAGCUGCUGGCACUUUGCGAUGGUCAGCCGACACAACCUCAGAACGGUCUUGGCCCUGGACGGGCAGACCAAGGCGGAGGAUGUUCGACCAGAGCGCCAGUUCAUGAUUGUCGUCAGUGACCUGUUCCUCGGGGGCAUACCCGGAGACAUCAGGACCUCGGUCAUCACCCUGCCGACGGUUAGAGAGCUGCCCCCGUUCAAAGGAGUUAUCACAGAUCUGAAUUACGGGAACAAGGUUCCCAAGCUGAUCAACAGUCAGAAGGUACGUCUGGAGGAGAUGGGUCUCUGUACAGGGACCCCGUGUGAGAAUGGAGGCUCCUGCUUCGUGGCUGAUGGAGAACCCUACUGCGACUGCUCCAAAACGGGAUAUACAGGAAGGACCUGCAGCCAAGCCGUUCAGAGGAAACCAGGCUUCUCACAUCUGAAGGCAUCUGAGUCAGGUAGAAACAAAGCAAGAGAAGAGAACGUGGCGACGUUCCGUGGUUCUGAGUACUUCUGCUACGACCUGUCCCAGAACCCCAUCCAGUCAUCCAGUGAUGAGAUCACACUCUCCUUCAAGACGUGGCAGAGGAACGGUCUCUUGCUCCACACAGGGAAGUCUGCUGACUAUGUCAACCUGGCCCUAAAGGACGGGGCGGUGAGCCUGGUCAUCAACCUGGGCUCCGGGGCCUUCGAGGCCAUUGUGGAGCCCGUCAACGGGAAGUUCAACGAUAAUGGCUGGCACGACAUCAAGGUCACACGCAACCUCAGACAGGUGACCAUCUCUGUGGAUGGGAUCCUCACCACAACAGGCUAUACCCAGGAAGACUACACCAUGCUGGGGUCUGAUGACUUCUUCUACGUGGGUGGGAGUCCUAGUACGGCUGACCUACCUGGUUCUCCUGUCAGCAACAACUUCAUGGGCUGUCUGAAAGAGGUGGUCUAUAAGAAUAAUGACAUCCGUCUGGAGCUAUCCCGUCUGGCUCGCAUCGUAGACCCCAAGAUGAAGCUCCAGGGUGAAGUGGUGUUUAAGUGUGAAAACGUACCCACCCUGGACCCAAUCAACUUUGAGAGCCCUGAUUCCUACCUCAGCCUGCCCAAGUGGAAUACCAAGAGGGUCGGUUCCAUCUCCUUCGAUUUCAGGACCUCCGAACCCAACGGACUCAUCCUCUUCACCCAUGGCAAGGCCCAGGACCGUCGCGACGCGGCAGGGAAGAAGAACUACAAGGUGGACUUCUUUGCUGUGGAGCUGCUAGAUGGAGGGCUGUACCUGCUGCUGGACAUGGGCUCGGGAACCAUCAAGGUCAAAGCCACACAGAGUAAGGUCAACGACGGAGCCUGGCACCACGUGGACAUUCAGAGGGACGGACGAUCAGGCAUCAUCUCAGUCGACAGUCGGAGGACCCCCUUCACAGCCAGCGGAGAGAAUGAGAUCUUAGACCUGGAGGGAGACCUCUACCUGGGUGGUCUCCCUGACAACCGGGUAGGCCUGGUGUUACCUACCGAACUGUGGACGGCCAUGUUGAACUACGGCUAUGUGGGCUGCAUCAGGGACCUCUUCAUCGACGGACGCUCCAAAAACAUAAGGGCCAUCUCCGAGUCUCAGAACACCACAGGCAUCAGGCCCACCUGUAGUAAAGUGACAGGGAAACAGUGUGACAGUAAUCACUGUAAGAACAACGGAGUCUGUAAGGAAGGGUGGAACCGCUUUAUCUGCGACUGCACCGGGACUGGGUUCUGGGCCACCACGUGUGAGAGAGAGGCGUCUAUCCUGAGCUAUGACGGCAGUAUGUACAUGAAGGUGGUGAUGCCUGCCGUGAUGCACACAGAGGCAGAGGACGUCUCCCUACGCUUUAUGUCCCAGCGUGCAUUUGGGCUCCUCAUGGCCGCUACCUCCCGGGACUCUGCCGACACGCUCCGUCUGGAGCUGGACAGCGGCCGUGUCAAACUCACGGUCAACCUAGACUGUGUCAGGAUAAACUGUAACACCAGCAAGGGACCAGAGACUCUAUAUGCGGGACAAAAGCUCAAUGAUAAUGACUGGCACUCUGUCAGAGUGGUCCGACGCGGUAAAAACUUCAAACUGACAGUCGAUGAAGACAUGUCUGAAGGCCAGAUGGCAGGCGACCACACCCGUCUGGAGUUCCAUAAUGUGGAGACAGGCAUUCUGACAGAGAAGCGUUUCAUCUCGUCCUCCCCCUCCUCUUUCAUUGGACACCUGCAGGGCCUGAAGUUCAACGGCAUGUUCUACAUUGACAUGUGUAAGAAUGGAGAUAUUGACUUCUGUGAGCUCAACGCCCGCUUUGGCAUGCGCUCCAUCAUUGCUGACCCGGUGACCUUCAAGUCCAAGGGCAGCUAUUUGGGGCUUGCUACCCUGCAGGCCUACACCACCAUGCACCUGUUCUUCCAGUUCAAGACCACAUCGCCGGACGGAUUCAUACUGUUCAACAGUGGAGACGGGAACGACUUCAUUGCUGUGGAGCUGGUCAAAGGGUUUGUCCACUAUGUGUUUGAUCUGGGUAACGGGCCCAGUCUACUGAAGGGGAACAAUGAGAGAGCUCUAAAUGACAACCAGUGGCACAACGUAGUCAUCACGAGGGACGCCACCAACACACACACACUGAAGGUGGAUGCCAAGUCUGUCACCCAGAACAUCAACGGAGCCAAGAACCUAGACCUCAAAGGGGAUCUGUUUGUGGCAGGUCUGGGGCCCAACAUGUAUCAGAACCUUCCUAAGCUGGUGGUCUCUAGGGAGGGUUUCCAGGGCUGUCUGGCAUCUGUCGAUCUCAACGGCCGUCUACCUGACCUCAUCAAUGAUGCCCUGUUCCGCUCAGGACAGAUCGAACGUGGCUGUGAAGGACCCAGCACCACCUGUCAGGAGGACUCCUGUACCAACAUGGGCGUGUGUAUUCAACAGUGGGAGAACUUUACCUGCGACUGCACAAUGACCUCUUACACAGGGACACAGUGCAACGACCCUGGUACCACGUAUAUCUUCGGUAAGGGCGGGGGUCUGAUCACGUAUACGUGGCCUAACAACGAGAGGCCCAGCACGCGUACCGACCGUCUGGCUGUGGGCUUCAGCACCACCAUCAAGGAUGGAAUCCUGGUUCGCAUCGACAGCGCUCCACGACUAGGGGACUACAUCAUGCUACACAUCACGGAAGGCAAGGUGGGCGUGACGUUCAACAUCGGCACGGUGGACAUCAGUGUGAAGGAGUUAAACACUGCGAUCAAUGACGGGAAAUAUCACCUGGUUCGAUUCACAAGGAAUGGGGGGAACGCCACCCUGCAGGUGGACAACUGGCCAAUCAACGAACACUUCCCCGCAGGACCAAGCGACGUUGAGCGCUAUCAAAUGGGUAAUAAGAAAAUCCCAUUCAAUUAUAAGAGGCCGGUAGAAGAUUGGCUGCAGGAGAAAGGCCGGCAGCUCACCAUCUUCAACACCCAGGCGGCCAUCUCUAUAGGUGGUAAUGACCGUAAACGUCCCUACCAGGGCCAGCUGUCUGGCCUCUACUACAACGGACUAAAGGUCCUCAACAUGGCUGCCGAAGGUCACGCCAACAUCAAGGUGAACGGGAGCGUCCGAUUGGUGGGUGACAUGCCCACCAGUAGGGGCGCUGCCCGCACCACCACCUCUGUGCCACCUGAGAUGUCCACCACCUUCAUAGAGACCACUACGACUCUGUCAACGACCACCACGAGGAAACAGCGCUCCCCACCCACCAUUCAGACGACAGAUGACAUAGUAUCGUCGGCGGAGUGCUCCAGCGACGACGAGGAUCUGGAGGAGUGUGAUUCCGGACACGCAGGAGGGGAGUUAGUCAUCCCCGUACUUGUAGAGGAUCCCAUAGACAUCCCUCCUGUUUCCCCCCGUUCCCCCUUCAUCCCCCUUCCCCCAACCCUCCGUCCUGUCCUCCCAACCCUCCGCCCCGCCCUCACCAUUAUCGAGACCACAAAAGCGUCCCUGCCCAUGGCCACUGAGGCGGGGGUACCUUGCUUGUCGGACCGAGACAGCGAUGAAUGUGAUGAUGGUCUUGAUGGUGAUGGUGGUGAUUAUGAUGGCAUGGUGAUUUCGGGGUUUGGCUCUGGCGAAGCUUUCGACUCUAGCCUGCCCCCCACUGACGAUGAAGAUUUUUACACCACCUUCUCCCUGGUAACAGAUAAGAUCUUGACCACGUCGGCCUACGAAGGUGGCUACAAAGCUCUCGCGCCCAAGUGGGAGGCCAAGGACUUGAGGCCUAGUAAAGCCUCAGAGGCGGGUAGGACUUCACCCACCCCGCCUCUACCCAACCUCGGGGGCACUGUAGCAGAGGCGUCCCUUCCAUCAGACGGCACGCUAGCCAAACUGCCCGCCGGGAAAAUGGACAACCGCGAAGUGAUCAAAGCCCUGCAGCCGGACAUAGUCCUGCUUCCUCUGCCCACUGUGUCCUUCGACCUGGAUGGCACCAAGCCUCGUGGGCCCCUCAUCACCUCACCCAUCCUGCGUACGGUGCCUGCUGCGUUACCCACCGCACCAGUCGUGAGGCGGGUGCCCCCGGGGGCAUCUGAGGUGAUACGAGAAUCCAGCAGCACAACGGGCAUGGUGGUUGGCAUCGUCUCGGCCGCGGCACUCUGCAUCCUCAUCCUCCUCUACGCCAUGUACAAGUACAGGAACAGGGACGAAGGCUCCUACCAGGUAGACGAGACACGGAAUUACAUCAGCAACUCAGCGCAGACCAACGGCACCGUGGUGAAAGACAAAGUACCCAGCGGGGGCAGUGGCGCCAAGGGAUCCAGCGGCAAGAGACCGAAAGACAAGGACAAAGAAUACUAUGUAUAAGGACAAAGAAUAUGCAUAAGGACAAAGAAUACUAUAAAUCAACCAUUCCCCUACAACAACAAAAAAUAACUGUUUGGAGAAAAUCUGAAUAAACACUUGACAGUACCAUAUUGGGAGCUGCAAUUUAAAAUGGAAAACAAAUCCUCUCAUAAGAACUCUAAGUGAAUGAGUCCAAGCUGAACAUUUUUCCAAUGUACUGUGACCUAAAAGCACACUUACUAUGGUAAGCAUACAGAGAAACAGGCUGAUAGGGACACUACUAUUAGAUACCUUGUGACGAGAUGACUGAGCUCUGCCUGGAGACGUUACCAGAGGUUUGGCAGUGUAAGAUAUUUCAAUGUUACAUCGCUCCCAAGUGACUGUGAGAGAUUUGUGAUCCUUGGCGUAAACAACAUUGUCCAUUGUAACCCUGUAAAAUGACAAAACAAACAACCAUCAUUUCGGCCAUUCGGAGCAUGUGAGAUGUACGUGACGUGGUGCUGGCAUCUGUAUAAGUGAGGGACCUGAAGAUUUUUUUUAAACGAGUCGUUGAAGUUUGAAAGACAAAACAUAAUUACCAUACAAAUGGUACAUUUCUAUACCUAGUGUUGGAUGAGGUAAGGUAUGUGUGUGGUAGCUAAGGUGUCUUAUUUUUAAACCCACCUGAAACAUUGUCAGGGCUGACCAGGCUACGCUCAAUGAAUAGUAGUAAUGCAUUUUGAUUUAUUAUUUUGCUUUUUUCCCCCUCUCAAAAAUGGAUUCGACUGCUAUGCAUGACGUCCUCGAUCUAGAUGGUAUUCGACCAUGUUGGAGGGGAUGCACCAGUACAAAUGUUAUUUUAAUUAGAUCUUUUACAGAACUCUUCAUUCCUGAUAGCAGUUUUAUUUCAGUUCAUUCAGUUUUCCAUAGACCACUGGUUCAGUUAUUUGUUUCAUGCUGUUCGUAGAAGUAAAGUCAUUAUGUCUGUGGGGUUUUUGGUCAACUAUUGAAAACAAUGUGACUAAAGAAGAGUUAUCCAAUGUGAAAAGUUUUGAAUUUGUAUCUGUUGUCACAGUCAACUGUGUCAAAACAAAUAUGUUUACAUAUGUUAUUACUUCAUAGCCGUCGUAUUUUGCAGGUCAAUAUUGUACAUAACAUUUUAGUUUCCGUUUGAGUUUUUUUUUUGUUGCAUUGUACAGACAUAAUUUGAGCUGCUGUCCUUUCUCGGUGUACUAAAUGACGAAGAUCUGACGUUUUUUCCCCCGAUGUUUGGUAAGACUGGAGAUAGCGUACUUGUAUUUUUUUGUAAUCGAAAGGAGUAAAAUAUUAUUAGGUUAGACAAUCUAGUCUUUCUGGAUGGUGUUUCUAAAACGCAUGAAUAUUUUACAACUGGAAGAUAUCAGAUAUCAGUCAAAUAGAAAAAUGCCCACCCAGAUACUAGGGCCUCAUGAUUCUUACUUUGAUUGUUAUUUGAAUUUAAAUUUGAGAUCUAACAGAUUUUUGAGACCCAGUGCUGGCACAAUACUAAGAAUAAGAUACAGGAUGAGGAUUUGUUUUUUACUGUGACAUCUAUGUUCCUUACUUUCACUUGUAUUCUUUUACAUUUAUGUCCCUCCCCUUAUUGUGCAGUUUUCAUUUGAAGUCUUAAAAUUUUUAUGACAAUUUGUGCUGGCAAGUACUUUUUUUUUUAUUACUUCAUUUAUUUAGUUGUUUCUUGUUCAUUUUGUAUUCUAAGCAAAUCUCAAGUACAUUCAGUUUGAUUUUGUGUUGUUAAUACUGCUUUUCAACCCAAUACUUAACUGUGUUUUGCUCCUUUGACUCCAGGCAAAUCCCAGCAAUAAAAUAUUCUUCCCAAAGUU